AUGGAUCAUGGGAUCGUUGGCGGUAAGGUGUCCAUUCCACACAGCCGCCCAUACAUGGUCUACAUUCGUGACAAUAACACACAUAAACCAUGUGGUGGAUUUUUGAUAAGUGAAGAUUUUGUGAUGACAGCUGCCCACUGCAAAGAAAAACAUCUGAUGGUGUAUUUGGGUGUUAAUGACACAAAUGAUUUACCUGAGGGUAUAGAGGUCGAUGCCUUUCCACAUAAAAGUUUUACAAACAAGCCAGGUGAUGAUGACAUCAUGCUACUAAAGCUUAAAACCCCAGUAACUCUGAACAAGACUGUGAAUAUCAUUUCCAUGCCAGAAACUAAUAGAGAGAAAAUCUCAAGUAACUGCAUGGUCAUGGGUUGGGGAUGGCAGGAAUACAAUAAGAUGACUCCAUCAAGAGUCCUGAAAGAAGUAAACUUGACUCUUUUAGACUCUGAAAUUUGUGGAGCACCUCACAUUUUAUGCACUGAGGGAACAGUCGGCCCGGAACGGGGGGACUCUGGCAGUCCACUUAUUUGUGGAAAUGUCCCACAGGGCAUUGUGUCUUACAACAUAGUGAAGUCUACAAGCUACCUUACAAAGUAUAUUAAAAUCUCUCACUAUCUUCCAUGGAUUCAUGAAAUCAUGAAAGGAUUUCUUUAAAGCAUCACAAACCAUGGAAGGCAAAGUUGGAUCAACUCUGUUUGAUUUUAAAGCAUGUCUGAUUUAUGAAAGCUCUUCAUCUGCAAUUGAAUUGAAAUAAAGGCAAAUCCUUAUCA